UAUGCAUACAUUGCAAUAGUAUUUUAAAGGAUAAAUACAGGAUAAUAUAUCAUAUGUAAAUUGUAUAGAUUUCAUGAUUUAUAACGAUAAGUCACACUUGAAAGACUUACGGAUUACAUGCGUGCAACUAUGUUCUAACUAGUCAUGAACUUUACAUCUCUUUGUGCACUCAUACAUUACGCACCCUCGGACGAGCAAUGACCGUAGAAAAGUCAAUCGCCUACGUAUGUAUGGUUCACCACACGUAACAGACAUGAAACGCACGCGGAAUCAUUAUUCCCCGCGCUUGCGUCGCGAACAUCAAGACAUCGCCUUAUGCCUUUUAGUCUUCGUUGUACCUUGCGGGCGACAGCAUGCGCGAUCGAUCUCAACUUCCAGAAUCCAUGGUCGAACCCAUGGUCGGGCACAAUGUAAAUUACGAGCACGACAUAAAUUAUACUAUGCAAUUGUGCCGAUGGGUCCUGAAACCGAUUGGUAUCUGGCACCUUAUAAACGGCAAUGCAUCGCGGAACGCGAAGCUCAUCUCUCUAGCACUGAUCGUCACGUGCUUAUCUGCUCUGUGCUUCGUCUUGAUACCUUCCGGAUUGCACACUUUGUUCUACGAGAAGGACAUUAACAUCAAAGUCAAGCUCUUCGGUCCGGUCGGUUUCUGUCUGACUUCCACGAUCAAGUAUUGUUAUCUCGGUGCGCGUGGUCCCGCGUUCGGAAGGUGCAUUCGUAUAGUCGAGAACGAUUGGCGAACCGUUCAAAAUCCAGCUCAACGCGAAAUGAUGCUGAAGAAAGCGCUGGUGGGCCGCAGACUCACCAUAUUGUGCGCACUCUUCCUUUAUACCGGUGGAUUGUCCUAUCAUACGAUCAUGCCGUUAUCUUCUAGGCAAGUCAGCGAGAACUUCACCUUCAGACCGCUCACCUAUCCUGGUUACAAUCUUUUUUUUGAUCCUCAAGUCAGUCCGGUUUACGAAAUCGUAUUUUGCAUCCAUUGCCUGUUUGCGCUAAUCACGUAUAACAUCACGACGGCGGCGUGCAGCUUGGCAGCGAUCUUUGUGACACACGCGUGCGGACAAAUACAGAUAUUAAUAAUGCUGUUGGGGAACCUAGUCGAUGGAAAAAUGAGCAAAGAUAACACUGUGGAGAAACGUCUAAGCGUUAUAGCGAAACAUCAUGUGCAAAUACUAAAAUUUUCCGCUAAUGUGGAAGAAGUGCUACGCGAAAUAUGCUUAAUGGAACUAGUGACUUCCACUUUGACUAUAUGUUUACUCGAAUACUAUUGCUUAACGGAAUGGGAAAAUAGUGAUGCUGCGGCCAUUUUAACCUAUUUCAUUCUAUUGGUUUCUUUUACGUUUAAUACUCUGAUAUUUUGUUAUAUCGGAGAACUCCUCGUGGAACAGUAUAGCAAAAUUGGUUCAGCCGCCUAUAACAUCAAUUGGUAUGAUUUACGCGGAAAUAAAGGUCUUAGUCUUGUAUUGAUCAUCACAAUGUCUCAUUAUCCACCUAAACUUACAGCUGGCAAAAUUUUCGAUUUAUCUGUUUACACAUUUGGUGCCGUACUUAAAACGUCCUUGGUGUAUUUAAAUAUGCUUCGGACAGUUACUACAUAA